CAGGACUGAGGUGAACCCAGGGGAAACACAUUUAGUGACUCGCUCUUUGUAUACUGCAGUACGUUGAGAUAUAAGAGGAUGGUGACCAAACCAGCAGAGCGCACGCCCACGAAGGCGGGCACACCGCUGCCAGCCCCCGGAGCCCAGAAAUUGACCCCCAGGCUGUCCAAGAACGUCAAGUCGAUGGAAGUGAAGCCUGGGAGGGUGCUGAAGGAGAUCAGGUCGGUGGUGAUUGACCUGGGCACGGGCUACUGUAAGGCGGGCUACGCCGGGCAGCCCAGACCCUCGGUGGUGCUCUCUUCGGUGGUGGGCAGACCGGUGCAGAUGAGCGCAAAGACGGGCGAUAACCGCCAGGAGAACUUUGUAGGCGAAGAGUUGACCACGUCAGUGCCCAAGCUGAAGGUAGUCAAUCCCGUGAAGCGCGGUAUCGUGGUGGACUGGGACGGGGUGGAGGCCAUCUGGGCGUACAUCUUCCACAAGGCUAUGAAGAUCCCGCCCGAGGAUCACGCCGUAAUGGUGGUCGACACUCCCCUCAGCCCCGCCACCAACAGGGAGAAGAUGGCCGAGAUCCUCUUCGAGACCUUCAGCAUCCCGGCCAUGCACGUCGCCCACCAGUCAGUCCUCUCCCUGUAUUCCUAUGGUCGCACCACCGGCCUGGUGGUGGAGUGCGGCCACGGUGUCACCCACGCGGUGCCCGUCCACGAAGGCUACAACAUGCCGUAUGAAACGCGCAGGGCUGAGUACGGCGGCGCCGACCUUAACGACUACCUGCUCAGAAUGCUUAACGAGGCGGGCACCAGGUUCACCGAGAAGGAGUUGCACAUUGUGGAGGACAUCAAGAAGAAAUGUUGCCGCACUGCCGUCAACUUCGAGGAGGAAUUAAACCAGGACGCCAACGAGAACGUACUGGAGUACGAGCUCCCAGACGGCCACGUUAUCACCGUCGGAAAGGAGAGAUCCCGGUGCCCUGAGGCCCUCUUCAACCCUUCGAUAAUGGGCUCCAAGGAGCCCGGCAUUCACGCCCUGGCCAUGCACAGCUUAGACCUGUGCGACAGCAAACUCCAGUGCGACAUGUACAGCAACAUCUUCCUGUGCGGCGGCUCCACGAUGUUCGAGGGCUUCGCCGACCGCCUGCAGAAGGAGAUGAGCAAAAUGGAGAAAGGCGUGAACCCCACCGUGCAUCGCAACCCCGAUAGGAAGUACUCGGUCUGGGUUGGAGGCUCCAUUAUGUCUUCCCUCAAGAGCUUCCAGCAACUCUGGGUGCGCAAGAGAGAAUACGAAGAGAGGGGUCCAUUCGCCAUUUACCGCAAAUGCUUCUGAACCUAUCUGCUGAAAACUCUACUGCAUAUUUACUACUUGGCUGAUAUUCAAGCGCAUUGUCUCAUUUAUCACGAUUUCCACUGAAUCUCAACGCUACGUUUUAUUGUGUCUUAACAUAAUAAAAGUAUUUCUCAGGAUGUGUUUUGCCCGUUUAAUGCCAGUCGGUCAAGAGGCAUUAAUUAUACUGAAGACGCAAGUGAUCCAGGAGCAACAAAUAAUCUGCUGGAAUUUAGCGGGAUGAGUAGCACCUAUGGAGGAAAAGGAAACCCCGCGUCACAGGCCGGUUCAGCAGAUAAUCUGUUGCUCUUUAUUACACGGAAUCAUGUCCAGGUCUUUCCAUAUGGUGUAGCACUUGUCUUUCUUACAGGGGUAAGUGCCUGGAGGAAGAUCAGUUUGAGGUGGGGUGUUGUCGAGUGGACAAGGGAGCAAUCCCUGCGGAAAGCAGAGAGUGGGGGAGGUAAAGAUGAGUUCAGUGGUAGGAUACUGUUGAUUUUAUCUCAAGACCAGCGCUUAAGGUUCUCCAGAUGGUGGAGGGGUGUAUGGGGACUCAACAUCCAUACAGGGACUGAAGAUGAGGCGAUCAGGCCCAGGGAACGGAGUGAACCAAGGGGUCAAAAUGGAGUUGAGGUAAGCACACAUGGUCCAGGUCAAUGAGGCUUGCUGAUCUUGGGAGAGUCGGGGUUGGUGAUGGUGCAGGAGACAAUGGCCUGAUGCUCCUUAGUGAGGUCCUUUUCGAGGGCUAUGUAAGAUGAGGUGUCUGAGAGUUGUCACUUGGCCUCAGUAAGUAGAAGCCAGUCUGCCAGACUACACAGCAAGCCCCUUGGUUGCCAGCUUGAUGGUGAGGUUGGGAUUAGUGCAGAGUGGAGGGCAGUGCAUUCAGAGGAUAUUAGGUUUGAAUAGAAAACAGAAGUUCUUAAUUAACCUACCCAAUGCCUAAUAAUAGGGCAAAUUUAGAACUGACGUCCAGAAGACCUUCGCACAGUACCCUGCUAUAUAGAGUAAUAAUAAAAAAAAGCUUAGCUUCAGAAUUACCCCAAGCCCUAUUUCUAUUCAAAUUUUAUUUAAAGAUAAUUUGAUUAAUAGAAAUAGGAUUUGGGGUAAUUCUGGAUCUAAGCAGAUAUAUUGUAAACUGCUACCAUGCUACACUGGUAUCAAAAAUGUUAAUGUCCAAAAAUAGUAGAUCAGUCUUAAGUUUGGCCUUUUCAUUGAGGUUUUACACUAAUUGAACCUGGAAAGAGCAUUCAUGAGCCACUUGUGUUGAACUAUAUCAAUUAGAAUCAAUCACUGUGCUUCAAUAAAUAAAAUGCUAAAAAGAAAAGCAGUAAAAAUUUUGAGUAAAUAUACAUGCCAUGUACAGAAUGCUAAACAUGUCAGAGAAAGCUUGGUGUUAAUUUGUAGGUUUUGAACUGUCUGACUUUUAAUUAUGCCCCAUGUGAUCUAGAGUAAACCAUGCCCAUAUUGAUUUCAUAUGCCAGUGAUGCAAUGUAUUUAAAUAUCUGAAAUAUUAAUUGCUCUGAUAUACAACUAUGUAAAAAGGCAUUAAACUUUAUAAAUAUGGAUACAUUUUGCACCAUUCUGUUGCACUGCUAAGAUAUAUGGACAUUACUUUUUAAAUACAUAAAAAUUAUCUGAAGGAUUUUCCUUGGGGUAGCUGGCUCUAGUUUUAUAAAUUGGAGAGCACUUGUGGCCUCCUAAUAUAUACCCAACCAAAAGGCACAUAAAACCUAUGAAGGUAGAAGCAGCAGGUGGGAUAAACUACUGAGAACAUAACAUGGUGGUACUGCAAAGAUUCCAGAGUAUGCGGCAUCAGCAUCAGACAGCAGUUAACAUUUCAGUUUGCUGAAGCUUUGCGGUGUGUACUUUGUAGACAGUACACAGUGCGGUCAUGGUGCGCUACUGAUGAAGGGUCAAGGUACUGAAGAGGUGUCCGUGUUGUCCACGAUAUUGAACUUCUUGAGUUUUGGCGAGCCUGCACCAAUCCAGCCAAAUGGAAAAUGCUGUAAUACUCUUCUGUCAUGCCUUGAGAUGGUAGGAAGUGUUUGGGGUAUUGUGAACAUUUUGAUGUGAAAUAAUGAACCAUAACCACAUUUGUUAAAGCAGUAGUAGAUUAUAUGUUCUAUCGCCAAUGCCUUUGCAAUUUAUUGUGUAGGUACUUUGCUUACUCAAUCUUUUGCAACCAAACUAGCACCAUACUAUGUAUAAACAGAAUAAAAUAUAAAUUGACAACUAUCAUACAGACUGAUUACCUGACAUCUGAAUUUCUGUAGACUUAAAAAUUUUCAAGGCAUCUAUAAAUAAAACCAUAUACUGUACAAGAGUUUCUCCCCCACUUGCAAGAAGUUUUGAUCUUAAUUCAGCUCUUACAGCCGACCUCACUGGUACCUCUCAGCUAUUUUUGGUUUUGUCACUGAUGGUU